AUGGGCGUGUGGGCUGUGACUUCCUUACUCAGCCCCCCACUGCGGGGUGACCUGCCUCCGGAUCAAGGCAGCGAUAGCGUCACCGCAUACCGCGUGUACCUACAACAUCUUCCCUUCAUAGAACACGAGCUCUGCAGUUCUCGGACAACUCUCUUUCCCACACGUUUCGCCCGCACGUGUUCUCCCCGGUCCACGUGCUGUUCUAUUCUUAUCUGUAACACCAGAUCCCUACCCCCAAAUCAGCUUCCAAACUUCUUCCAAACCGUGGUGAGGAAACCGAUUCACCUAUCUGUGCAGAUCCGCAGCACUUCGUAA